CCGUCGUUACGAACGUACAAAAAUCAUAUUAUUAUUAUUAUUUUGUGUUCUGAUACAUCGUGAUGUUAUUACCAUAAUUAUAUAAUUGAUCGUUAUUGUUAUUUUAUUGGACGCCCUUCGAUAUUAAGGUUCAUUCAUACGGGCCGUCCCUCGUGAUAACCCACACUCUUUUGUGUGUACACGCACAUUUCGAGUUCGAAGAUGACAUUUGCUUGACUUGUCGAAACCGUCGGCUAAUCGUCGUCUGCUAUUUUCAAAUGCUCGUCAUCGAUGAUCUCUCGGUCGUUAAGUCGAAACAUUUACAACAAUAAUACUUAUACUACAUGAUUAUUCCGAUUAACAAAUAGUUACUCCUUCAUUUGACUAAGUGAUGGAAAACAAUAACUAUGAAUACAAUACCAAAUUCAUAACUUCUACUGUUCAUAUAACGCCGUAAGUGGAGACAAAAAUUUGAAGCUUUUCUUCGUUCAUCACCAUGUUUUUUCGAGUGAGGCAUCAAAAAAUGCUACACGUGUACCUGCUCAUAUUCGUUGUAUUAGGUAUUUUAGUAGUACUUGGUGCAAUGAUUGCCUAUCAUGUAUUAUUGCGCGAACAACAUUUUCAAAUUCAAGCAGCUGUAGCCAAAUUAGCUAAUGGUGAUUUAAAAAAUCUUCAUUUCGAAUCAGCUGCUAUAUACAAUUCUGUUGCAAAUUCUGCCGAUCAAAAGCCAUUAGUAAUUUACAAUAGAGUACCUAAGACUGGAUCCACGAGUUUUGUCAAUGUCGCAUAUGAUUUACAUUCACGUAAUGCUUUUCGUGUUCUUCAUGUUAAUGUCACAGGCAACUCUCAUCAGCUUUCUAUUUAUGAUCAGUUUCGGUUCGUAGACAAUACUACACGUUGGUUGCGACCUGCGUUUUACCAUGGCCAUUUUGCAUACAUUGAUUUUGAAAGAUAUGGAUACCAAAAGCCAUAUUAUGUUCAAUUAUUACGCAAACCGUUGGACAGGUUGGUUUCCUACUAUUAUUUUCUUCGUUAUGGUGAUGAUUAUAGACCAUACUUAGUAAGAAAAAAGCAUAUGGACUCGUCGACAACAUUUGAUGAGUGUGUAGAGCGAGAUGGAGCUGAUUGCCAAGCAAAUCUUUUAUGGCUACAAAUUCCUUUCCUAUGUGGUCAAUCAGCUGAUUGUUGGACUCCAGGGAGUGAAUGGGCUUUAAAACAGGCUAAAAGAAAUGUUCUUGAAAAAUACACUUUGGUUGGAGUCACUGAACAUAUGGGAGAGUUUCUACAUAUGCUUGAACUUAUCAUUCCUGGUAAAAUGUUCCACAAUGCUUCUGAACAUUUCAAACAUAGUCCAAAAUCACAUCUGAGAAAGACUGCCAAGAAACAUCCUCUCUCUCGGAAGACUAUACAAAAAUUUCAUGAAUCUAUCAUAUGGCAAAUGGAAAAUGAAUUGUAUACGUUUGUUGCUAGAGAGUUUGCAUUUGCUUAUAAUAAACAAUUCCCUAAUACACCAUCCAUACUUAAUGGUAGUAUGGGAAAACAUUUAAAAUCUAGUGGUUAUAUACCUCCACCUAGUUUUCGAUAUGAAAAAAUAUAUCCUAAACCUGCCCAAUUUCAAAAGAAGAAAAAAAGCACAAACCAUGUGUGAUUGAAUUUUGAAACCUAACGACUUACAGUAUUGUUAUAAUGUUAUAAAUAAUACUAAAAAUGAAAGAUUAUUACAACUGUUAUUUGUUUUGGUUUAUGUACAUAUAUUGCUGUAUUUCUUAAAAAAUAAUUAUUUUAAUGAAAAAACUAAAUAUACUUAAAUGAUACUUUAUUUAGUGAUAAUGAAUGAAUAUGUACAUGAACUAUUAUAAUUAA